CCGUGAUAGGCCACAGGACCAGUGACGUCACACUAACUGAACCAAGAGGCAAAGGCGGAGCUCGGCUUUUUUUUUUUUUUUUUAACUUUACGGCCGGCACCGGAAGUAGGCCUUCGGGAAGGAGGAAGGGCGAGGCGGAGAGGCCAUGACGCGUCCUCAGCCCCUCAGGCAACUCCUACGCUGGGCUCUGGGUCACCGCGGCGACGAGCUACAAACCGCUCAAAAACGGGUGCUGGUGGCUGGCCUGGGCAACUACACGCUCCCUGGUACCCGGCACAGCGUGGGCAUGGCAGUGCUGAACCACCUGGCCUCCAAGCUGGACAUGGGUGACCAGUGGAAGAGAGACAAGCAAUGCUGCGCGGACAUAGUGGUGGCCCGCCUAGGAGACGCUGAGCUUCUGCUGAUGAAACCUCGCAAGUUCAUGAACCUCAAUGGGACCUCCGUGGUCACAGCUGCGGAAAAAUUCAGCCUCAGUAUUGAAGAUAUUUAUCUGGUCCAUGAUGAUCUGGAUAAGCCUCUGGGGAAGCUCUCCCUAAAACUGGGAGGCAGUGCCAGAGGUCACAACGGAGUCCGUUCCUGCAUCAGCUGCCUGCACUCCGACCGCAUGGCGCGGCUGAGGAUCGGCAUCGGCCGUCCGACGGGGAAGGAAGCCGUAGAAGAUUACGUCCUAAGCCAGUUUACCAACGCGGAGCAGAAGGUUUUACCGUCCCUUUUUGAGCAGGCAACCACGAUCCUGCUCCAGCAUCUUCAACAGAAUUGUGGCCAAAAGGAGUUCCCGGAUCCCUGCGAUGGACUCGUGAGCCCCCCGCACAAAAAAGAAGGCAGGGGGCCAUCUCGAACCGACUUAUAAGAACGGCCAGGGAAUGCAGCCAACUGAUUGUGUGUGUGUGUGUGUGUGUGUGUGUGUGUGAACUGCGGCUGGGCGUGCCCAAUGGUUGCGGCUUUGCACAACAGACAAAUCUUACUCCCAAGAAUUUAGGGUUAGGGUCUUCUAAGGGGCUGCGAUCAGAAAAUCCAACCACACUGUGGUGAACAGGGAGAGGGGUCUUAUGAAAGCAAAAGGGAGGUUGAGGAUUGGGCAACACACACACACACACACAAGUCGUGAUAUUCUGUUCUUUGGCGCCCGUGGAAUUACAGUUUUAGGAGAAACAAAA